GUUGGUACAAGCUUUCCUCCAAGGUCAUCACGGCUGGUCGCUUUACUGGUGAUUUUACAUUUAACAGUUUGUGAAGGACAGCUGACUUUUUCUACGGGCUAUAUCAUUGAGGGACAUCCUACGACAAUUUUCUGUAGAAUACCUGAUUUUAAUGGCGUAGCUCACUGGAUUAAAGAUGACGAACAGUUCACAGCAACAACUUGUAGCAGUUCUGGUUUUUGUAAGGUAGAAAACGAAGGCACUAGAUACAAUUAUGCCAGUAAUGUGUCCGGUAUAUCAGUUACCAUAAGUAAUAUUGCCAGAAAUGAAGAGAGGGAUUGGAAAUGUGGCCAUCCGGGAUAUGUUUCUGCAGUCUACAGAAUACGUUAUAAUGAUAAUGUUUUCGUUAUAUCCGAUAGUGUUGUAGUUGAUGGAUUGGACAGGAAUGUAACACUGGGAGAUGAUAUACCCACGGUUAAGCUUACUUUUACUACAGGAUGUAUGCAUCCAUAUCCUACAGUUUCUAUUUACUCCAAGCAUAACACUAAUACAUCAAUCACCUCAGAAAUAGACUAUGUGAAUGUUACAAAUACAACGUGUACGGCACCGGAAGCUGGUUAUACAGGGGUGAUGACUAUAUAUUCUGAUUACACUUGUAAUACUACACUCUUCCCACAAUUGCUGAUUACGCCGACAGGUCUUCCAUCGGAGUAUUCCACAACUGAAUGGAUGUCAAAUUAUUACAUCAGGUUUCCUACCUGUAAAGUUUUGCGAAGAUUGACAACUAACGAAGCCUUUGGAUAUGCUGUUUUGUUUUCAUUGGUUGGCAUGGUUAUUGGAGGAAUUUUUAUAUUUGCACUGUACAAGAUACUCUUAAAUACAGGGAAACUAUCAUUGUUUGUACUUGAGUCUACACACGAAUCCAGUAUAAAAAUAAAGCUGUACAUGACGUCUGCAAUCAUAACAGUCCUUCUCUGUUUUGUAAUCGCUGGCAUUGUGGUGGCAGUGGACUGUGGAAAUACAGAAUGUUCAGAUGUAACUGUUGAAAGAUCCGCAGCAUUUAUAGUACCUGGAACCUUAUUACAGUUACUGACUGUGUGUAUGGUAAUUUAUAUGUUUGUAAGAUGUUGUAGUAGAGACAAAAGUGGAGUAAAACGAAUGGAGGAGUAAGUAUUAUUAUAAGAGAGGCGAAGGAUACCAAAUGGACAUUCAAACUCAUAAGUCGAAAAUAAACUG